AUGUCUGGCGACCUGUACUUCUACGGAGUCUUUUCGAACCGUUGGACUCCGAAGUCUUCGGGCCCCGCAGCCCGAUACCGCCACUCUGCAGUGAUUGACCCCACCGCCCGGGCCAUGUACGUAUUUGCGGGCAUGGGCCUCGGCAGCGCCGGCACAGCCAACACCUUCGGCGACCUCCAUCGCUACGACGUGGACCUCGACUCCUGGACCGAGCUCCAAGGACUCCCAGGGACGGCAGGGCGCUCGCGGCACACGGCAGUGUGGGACAGCAGCUCCGAUCGCAUGAUCGUGUUCGGUGGCGUGGACGGCAUGCUGAACAAGAUGGGGGACGUCCUCGAGUACGACCGGUCGUCGGAGUCCUGGUCCUUCCCACAGGUUGAGGGCCCAGCGGCGCGCGACGGCCACGUGGCCGUUUGGGAUGACGCCACUGGCACCAUGCUCAUGUGCUGUGGCGUCACAUCGGACUCUGGUGAAAGCUGGGGUGACCUGUGGUCCUAUGACGGCAAGUGGGCCAAGCUCAGUCCAUCCGGAGGCAUCACAGCCCGGAUGUACGCCUCGGCAGUGUGGGACCCGCAGGCGCGUGUAAUGCUGGGCUUUGGGGGCAGGGAGACCAACGAGACGGCGCUCAACUCCCUGUUCCUGUAUUCCGCCAGCGCCAACAGCUGGAGCGAAUACACGGCUGAGGGCACUCCUGCUUUUUUAGGCCCAGGCACCACCGCCUGGGACCCCGUGAACAGUCACCUUUACACCUACGGUGGCUUGGAGCAGGGGCCCAAAGAGUCCCUGUGGAGGUUGAAUGCGACCCACACAUCCAUCACCAGUACUGCAACUUCGACCGCCGCACACACAGCUACAUCGACAACUUCUUCCUCAUUCUCGGAAACUUCGUCCUCAAAGAGCACUGCAACAACAUCGACCGAAGUCUACCCUACCACGAUUACUCAGAAUGCGGGUCUGCUGUUGGGUGACCUCGACACCUCCGAAGAGGAGCUCGCGAGGCAGUUGGUAGCCGCGCUGGCCAACAGCUCCAACUCGUCGGGUAUCCUGGGAAGCACCCUCACGCAGUCGGACUUGGCGACCACUCAGACUCUGGCCUUGGACAGCCUCGCGAUCUCCGACAUGAGCCGCAACGUCACGGUGCAGAGCGCCAGUGCCAGCGUGGAGGUUCCUCCGGACGUCGUGGCCCAGGCUGCAGCAGCUGGCGGCAGCGGGCUGGUGCUGCUCAGCGUCUCGGUGGGCCUUGAAGAGCUCGGGGCUGGGCUCAACGGUUCCGAAGGAGGCGCAGGUAAUGCUUUGGUCUCGCGGCCCGUGAGCAUCACCUUCCGUGGGCCUGAUGGCCAGAGGAUUCCAAUGCCGUCGCUGGCACGGCCCAUCGAGGUUCUGAUCCUGGGAGCGACCGAAGGCUCCCGGUGUGCUUUCUGGGACGAGGACACCGGCACCUGGUCGUCGGAGGGCUUGCGUGCGGUGUCCUUCCGGGACGGGGAGUUGCUAUGCCAGACCUCCCACCUCACUGUCUUUGGGGCGGUUCUGGAGACCUUCCUCCUCGUGCUCCGGUGCUCCACCGCCGCACAGGUGUUCUCUGCGGAGGGCCUCCAGAACCUCAGCAAGGGCACCUGGCCCGGCCAUGCUGCUGCGAUCAUUACCUUCAGCGCUCUCUUCGUCUGCCUCCUGGUGCUCCUGUAUGCCCUACGGCUUGACAGAAAGCGGUCGCUGUCCAGGAAGCAGGUGGAGGCCGCUUUGCUUGUCGAGUUGGAAGUGGACAAGCAGGAUGCUGCUGACGUCUAUGCGGAGGAGGGAGAGGAGGAGAUACAAGCAGCGAAGGUUCGACGGUCCAGUCUGUGUUGUCAGGCCGCGACGAGCGUGGUGUCUCCUUUCGCCUGGCUCUUCAGCCAGAUGUUCGACGUCCCCGACGUGACGGAGUUGAUGAAUGCCAAGGUGGUCACGAUCAACCGCUGCAUCAGCUCUCUGCAUGCCUACAAGAGCCAUGCCGACCGUCAGAGCAUCCGUGCGGCGGAGACACCGGUGGGCCACGCGCGCAUGCGGCACUCGAAUACAGCCGGCAUGUCGGUGACAGUCGAGGACUUCGUGCGGAUGGAUGAGACCAUGGACUACAGGAGCAGCAAGUCCUUGGUUGCGAAGGGCUUUUUGGACAGCUUCUGGUGCAAGCGCGUGGUUCUCCUGAUGCGCGCCAUGCAUCCCUGGGUCACCAUGCAGUUCGUGAGCUUGUUCAGAUCCCACGUCGUCCGAGCCUCCCUGAUCAUUCUGAAGCUGGUGUCUGCCGCCGCCGCCAACGCGCUCUUCUUCACCAGCUCGGCGGUUGCGGCCGACGCGGACAUGGACUGUGCGCCGCCAGAGACUCUCGGCGAGCGCCUGCUGCGCGCAGCCAUCGUUGGCAUCUUCUCCGCGUGCAUGGGCGACUUGAUCAUCGUGCUGCUGGCCAUGGUGCAGCGCCGGCAGGUAAUGAUCCGGCGAUGGACGGAAGAGGCCAAAGAGAGGCAGCUCAGGAGCUGGCGCCGCCGACGUCACAUCUUCUGGCUGAUCUGGUUUCUCAACGUUGGCAUGUCGAUUCUGUACGUAUUUGGAUUCCUGGCCAACGUGAGCCAAGCAGAUGGGGACAAAUGGAUCGAAAGCACCGGCAUCAGUCUGUUGCAGGAUCUCGUCCUGAAGCCGCUCUGCCUGGCUCUGUUGUACGCCACGGUCGCCAGCAUGGUCCUGUGCUGCAGCCCAAGCGUCGGGGAAAAGAUCUUGAACCAGUGGGCUCUCAACAACAAAGAGUCCGGGAACGAGGAUCUGCAGAACGUUCGGCAAAACGACAACCAGUCCGGGAACGAGGAUCUGCAGAACGACUGCAGCCAGCUCGGGAGCGAAGACUUCGAGGCCCGGCCGGGCCCUCACGCUCUUCGGCCAGCUUGUGAGGGAGAUGACACAAUAUAUGCGGUGUAUAUCGACUCGGUGUGA